GGGAAGAAGACCAAGAGGAAAAACAAAACCGGUGUUGUCGUGUCCCGAGGCUUCUGCUUGCAGAUUCUAGGUUCUAUCUGUUCAACCUUCCGACGACGCGAGCCAGUGAGCGCAGCUUUGUGGCGUGAAUAGAAGCUACCUCAAAAAUGGAGAAGCUUGCCUGUUUCCUCGUCGUCCUCGCCUCCAUCGCCGGCCUUUCCGCCGCGACCGCCGUUUGCUCCAGCCCGGAGGUGUCGGCGACGUCCUACACCUCUCCAGAUGCCACCGUCCUAACCAGCAUUGGCUUCGUGGCUGAGUUUACUCUCAAGUGCGGCAACGGUGUCCAGAACCCAGCCCUGUUCGCUGAACUGAAUGGCAAGACCCAGCCUGUUGCCCGCAUUGGCCCCAACAAGUACCAGGUGAGCUGGGCUGAAGAUGUAAAGAAGGCUCGCCGUGGAGACUACACUAUCAACGUCUACGAUGAAGAGAACUUUGCUGCUGUGAGGAAAGCCAUGAGGAACAACGAAGAUAUCUCCACUGUGAAGGCUCUUGCCACUGUUGUCUUAAAUUACCCCGGCUCUUACCAGGGACCUUGGGUCAACUCUGAAUUUAUGGCCUUUGUCCUUUCCAUUGGUGUCUGGUACACAGCUUUCUCUGCCAAGUCAAAACUGUUGGCUUAAGUACUAAUUCGGUAUUUGUUGUUUUUCUGUGAAAAAUAACUGACUGAUUUUUUUUUAUAAUUCACUAUUUAAUAAAUUUUCUUGUUUUCUACA